UUAAUAUUGAACAAUGUUUAAUUGUUCUCUGACUGAAAUGAGAGCAGUUUAUCUUCUCAUUCUACUUUACUCUAAGGUUUCCCAUGCAUUCUUCUUCCCCUCGCCGUUAGAAUUAGCAGCAAAUUUAUUCUACUCAGAUACCGCUCAGAACCCAGACCAGCAGAGCUCUAAUGUGAAACCUGAACUUAUCCAAGGAGAUAUGGUUCCAUCCCUUCAUCCCCAUCCAACCCAGGAAAAGAACCGUGGAUUAAUGAAUGAUGAGACUGAAGAAUCUAGGAAUGGAAAUCUUGAUGAUAGAUGGGAAUACAAUACCUGGCCCUAUGAAGUAGAUUGGAAAAAGGUUCCUAAAGAGUUCCGGUCCUGGGUAAAAAUAAAAUUUAACUAUGUUGUAAAUAUUGAAUACAAGAAUAAACUGGGAGACUGUAUUCAUCUUUGCGAGAGAUCAUCCUGUCCUAAACAUAUUCGUAAUUCAGGGAACUAUGUCAAAAUUACGUUUGAACCUACUGGAUGUUGGUCUAGUGUAGGGAUGGAGAAAGGAGAACAAGUUGUAAAUCUUCAAUUUCCAACAUGUAUCGGAAAUAAGGGAACCAUGGCACACGAGAUAAUGCACUCUCUGGGGUUCUACCAUGAACAGUCCAGGCCAGAUAGAGAUGGAUACGUUAAGAUUGUUAUGGGUAACGUUAAGUCCGGAAAGGAAGGUAAUUUUGAGAGACAAAGUGAUGCUAGCACUGAGAUGUAUGAUCUGUAUGAUUGGAAUAGUGUGAUGCAUUAUGAUACGUAUGCUUUCCGUAACAAAGAUUGGGGAGGUGUCGGUGCUGUCCUAACCCGAACCAUCUACCCUAACCCUCUGGCCUGGGAGUCCAUAAAAGCUCAGACUGAAAACUGGGGAAGAGGAGCUUAUAUGGGACAAAGAAUAGGGUUGAGUUUCUGUGACGAGCUGAAGAUAAGACGACAUUAUUCAAAACCAGGAUUAAAAGGAGGAGAGGGUUGUAAUAUUUGGACCCCUAGAACCUGCAGAUGUAAAUAUAUAGAUAAGAGCAAAGAUUAUGACGAUGCUAAAUGCCAGGAUUUGAUAUUGAAUGAUCCUGCGAAUAAUAUUACCAGAUCCUCCGGUUCCAAUCCUCAACCCCUCACAGCUCUUCUCAUCACAGUUUUUUAUCUAAUUAUAUAAAAAUACAUCUAAGGAACUAA